AUGGCUUUAACCAUGAACUCUGUGUUGUUUCCUAUUCGGUCACUGAUGCACAUGUUUGAGGACAAAGCCCAAGCUUUUAUCAGUGAAAUUGAUAAUGUUCACAUGGUAUGGCUUGAGGAGAUUCAACAAGAGGCCAAUCGCAUGUUUACAAGAGAUUUUAAUGCAGAACCAGAGCUCAUGCCAAAAACUCCCUCACAAAAAAAGAAUACACGCAGGAAACGUGUUUCUUUAGGACGCCAGGAAGACGGCCAAUCUAAUAGAAGGUUUUCAAAGGGUCGACGCAGCAACCUCCGUGGAUCUUCAUCAAGUGCUUUGAACAGUAUCACUGAGGAGAAGGCUGCAUCCCUGACAUCCAACGCCAAGACAGAAAACACACGCCCAAAGCGGGCAACUCGCAAAAAGCAAACAAAGGCUCAGGAAGAGGGUUUACCAGAAGACCAGAUUAGUCCGAGCAGUACUCAUUCUGAGGACACAAGUGUGAAGACGGAUCUGAUAGAAAUCUUGGACCUGGAUGAACCUGAGCAAAAGGGUCAAAAUAUUAAAGAAGAAAUGUCCGUCAAGACUGAGCUUCCCAAAAAUAUUCCUUCUCCAAAUGUAGUAGUUUCUCUUUCUCCAACGGACCGUUUGUCCGCUGAGAUAGUUGUGAGGGCAAAGACCUCUCCUGGACAAGCAGACGAUUUAACAGAAGUAAUGGAGCACACUGUGAAUGACAAACCUUGCAGGAAUUCAGUGCGGCCUUCACUAAAACUGCGGCGCUCUGUGGCUGGUUUGAGGCACAGCAUGACUCGGGAGUCCAUAAGACGUGCUUCGCGAAGAUCCAUGCUGAAAAGGAAAGUGUCUCGCGUGGGCAACUCUUCCUGUGACAGCAACGUUGAUGAUGACUCGUGUAUGGAAUCAGUGGAUGAAGAAGCUCCGCCUAUGGCAUUACCAGAACCCACAGAACCUGUUGUUGCUGCUGCUGUCGUAAACGAACAGCCAAAAGAAAACACUGUACCAGAUAAAACCACUGUGGAAAUGGUUUGUGCUACGGAGAUGGAACUCCCUCCAGUUGAGACUCUUGGGCGCGUAACCCGGUCCAUUGCUGCCCAUUCUUCAAGAGCAGCACCUCUGUCGCUCGCCGCAGUUAGCACUCCAAACAGGCGUCCAGUGACUGCGGAGAAGAAAACCCCGUCAAAUCGCCGUUCAAGUACAAAAAGGAAGGCUCCUGAUGUGGAAAGCCCAAACAAGGGGGCCUCCGCUCCCAAGAAGAGCCAGAGUGCACUCAGACCAAACAUGAAGUCUUUCCUACACACUGUUCAUAAGAACCAGAUGUUAAUGAUGACUCCAAACUCUCUUGGUCGGGCUACUGUUUUGAAGUCCUUCAUCAAAAACACAACCCCUCUCAGGAUGGAUCCAAAGACAAAGGAGCGCUACAAACUGGAAGCCCUCAAAAAGAAACAGGAACAAGAAAUUGAAAGAAUGAAGAAAAUGGAGGAGGAUAAAAGGAAAAAACAGGAAGAACUGAAAAAGAAGAGGGAUGAACGACUGCGGCGAGUGUUUGAAGCCAAAUCCAAAGAAGAUCAGAAAGAGGAGGAGAAAAAGAAGAAGAUUGAGCUAAAGAUGGCUCACAUCGAUGAGAAAAAUGAUAAGCGUUUUAUAGACGAAAAGAAGAAAAAGUUGGCAGUGAAACGUCAAGAGGAGCUUGAGCUGAAAAAGAAGCAGGAGGAAGAGGCAAAAAGGAGAAAGCUUCAACAGGAGGAGGAGAAGCGGCAGCAAGAGCUGUUGGCUAAGAAGGCGAUGGAGGAGGAGGCGCAGAGACUGGCUGAGGCGCAGAGACUGGCUGAGGCGCAGAGACUGGCUGAGGCGCAGAGACUGGCUGAGGCGCAGAGACUGGCUGAGGCGCAGAGACUGGCUGAGCUCCAGCGAGUACGAGAAAGACAGGCUGAGAGGGAAAGACUUGAGAAGGAGGCACUGCAGCGUGAGCUGGAGAGGGCUGCGAGAGAGAAGGAGCAGAGAGAACUCGACCUGCGGAAGGCUAUUGAGGAAAACCGGAAACAGCAGGAACAGCGGAUGGCUGCAGAAAAAGCUGCUAAAGAAAGACAAGCUGCUGAAAAGCAGGCUGCACCUGCUCUUAAUCUCACUGUGGAUAUUGAGCGUUCUGUCCUGUGCACACCUGUUGGUAAAGGAGCCGGCGGCGGGCUCAAUGUGACUGUGGAUAUUGAGAGAUCUCCACAAUCCUACUCAAUUACACCAAAAGGGGGAAACAAGAUUUCUUCCAAAAACCCAGAGGACUAUGGCAUGGACCAGAACAGUGAUGAUUCCACGGAUGACGAAACUGCACCCAGGAAAGCAAUUCCAUCUUGGGCUGAAGGACAUAACCUUCAGGUUCUAAUCAAGAAGCAGUAUUUUAGCCCUCAAAAUUUAUAUGCCUUCUUUGGGAAAGUUGAACCUCCUAAUCUUGAAAACAUCUUUUACAAGAGCAAGCCUCGCUAUUGUAAACGCACAAGUUCUGCAGUGUGGCACUCGCCUCCGAUUGGGAAGAAAUAG